AUGGAGUGAGCACUCUAUUAGUUGUUAUUUCUGUAUGACAAAAUGUAUGUGAAUGUGACGGGCAGGUACCUGGAGGCGCACCUGCGGCUGCGCGCGGCGCACGUGGCGCGCGCGGCGGGCGACAGCGUGCCGGAGCCGCCGCCAUAUAAGGCGUCAAAAUCAUCCCCCGAAGAGAUCCAAGAACAAAUAGAACUGCUGCAGUCAGUGGCGUGGUCGCGCUGGGCGCCUGUUGACGAGCUAGUAGAACUAGGAGGCAUCUCCUUACUGCUGCAGGUGGUCGGGCUGGCCUACGAGUGGAACUUCAACGGAAGGUCGGAAACGGUCCGCUCAGCGCUGGACGUGGUCUCCGUGUGCUGCGUGGCGCCGCGAGUCCAGCUGCUAUUAACAGAAAAAGUGGAUAUGCGAGACGCCGACAUGACGACCGGCGUCAACAUCGUGCUAGGCGCGGCGGACGGCGAGAUCGCACCGGAACCGGAAGUGCAGAAGGCGGCGCUCAACGUGCUCGUCAACUGCGUGUGCGCACCCGUGCAUAGAGCAGGCUCAUCCACAACACGCUUCUCAAUAUCAGGGUCCAGCAAGAAGAAAACCGCGCUCAAGUCGUACGAGGACGUCAUACAGAAAGUCUGGGAGAGUGUGCGCUCUAACAACGGAAUUAUGGUGUUAUUAUCGCUGAUGAUGGUGAAGCAGCCCAUCACGGACGCGGACCGGCUGCGCGGGCUGGCGUGCCGCGCGCUGGCCGGCCUGGCGCGCUGCGCCACGGUGCGCCAGAUCAUCUCCAAGCUGCCUCUGUUCACUACGUCGCAGAUACAAGGUAAGCAUUAUCCCUGAUGGUGGUGAAGCAGCCCAUCACGGACGCGGACCGGCUGCGCGGGCUGGCGUGCCGCGCGCUGGCCGGCCUGGCGCGCUGCGCCACGGUGCGCCAGAUCAUCUCCAAGCUGCCUCUGUUCACUACGUCGCAGAUACAAGGUAAGCAUUAUCCCUGAUGGUGGUGAAGCAGCCCAUCACGGACGCGGACCGGCUGCGCGGGCUGGCGUGCCGCGCGCUGGCCGGCCUGGCGCGCUGCGCCACGGUGCGCCAGAUCAUCUCCAAGCUGCCUCUGUUCACUACGUCGCAGAUACAAGGUAAGCAUUAUC